UGUGGACUGUCCCACUCUGGAAUUUGAGUAUGGAGAUGCAGAUGGGCACGCAGCAGAGUUGUCAGAAUUGUAUAGCUACACUGAAAACCUGGAAUUCACCACUAACAGGAGGUGCUUUGAAGAAGAUUUCAAGACGCAAGGUGAUCCCAGAUUCUUAUUCGUAGAGACCUGCUUUUCUUCCCCACCCCCCAUGAUAUCCCAGCCUGAUCUAGAAAACGCCCAAAACAAAGUAUGAUUCUUCUUCAUCCUCUCCAUUACCACUUCUCUAUCCCUUCUUGCAUAUGGGACAUUUCCUUUAUCUCAAGUGGAGAGGCCAUGGAAUGGGAGCAAGAGAAGCCUGAGCUCGGUCGGUUUCACUGAUAUAAGAGGCACAGAGAGCAGAGGGAUGGGGACUGGGCUGGUGCCCUGCUGCCUGGUUGAACUCUGUGCCUAGAGUAGUCCUUGACUUUAACAUUCAAUCCCUGCCUCCAACUCUGCCUCACUCCUAAUAGCAUCUAAUAAUAAUUUCAUGUGUCUACACUGAUCGUCUCAGACCUCCAUUUCCUUACUUGGUCAGUGAAUUCAGUUUGCAACUCAGGAGAUGUGUGUGCAGGGCAAGGAGUGGCUGGAAUUGGAGGAAGAUGCCCAGAAGGCCUAUGUGAUGGGACUCCUGGACCGACUGGAGGUGGUCAGUAGGGAACGGCGACUGAAGGUGGCCCGGGCUGUUCUGUACCUGGCCCAAGGCACUUUUGGGGAAUGUGAUUCAGAGGUCGAUGUACUACACUGGUCCAGGUACAACUGCUUCCUGCUCUAUCAGAUGGGGACCUUCUCGGCCUUCUUGGAGCUACUCCACAUGGAAAUCGACAACAGUCAGGCCUGUAGCAGUGCUCUUCGGAAACCAGCCAUCUCCAUUGCUGAUAGCACAGAGCUCAGGGUGCUGCUGAGUGUCAUGUACCUGUUGGUGGAAAAUAUUCGCCUGGAGCGAGAGACAGACUCCUGCCGUUGGAGGACAGCACGGGAGACCUUCCGCACUGAAUUGAGCUUCUCCAUGCAUAAUGAGGAACCUUUUGCCCUUCUGCUUUUCUCCAUGGUUACCAAGUUCUGCAGUGGCCUGGCUCCCCACUUCCCCAUAAAGAAGGUCCUGCUUUUGCUCUGGAAAGUGGUUAUGUUCACCCUCGGUGGAUUUGAGCAUCUACAGGUUCUCAAAGUACAGAAGCGGGCAGAACUAGGACUGCCUCCAUUGGCGGAAGAUAGUAUCCAGGUGGUGAAGAGCAUGCGCGCCGCCUCCCCACCCUCUUACACCCUCGACCUGGGGGAGUCUCAGCUGGCACCACCACCCUCUAAGUUGCGAGGCCGCCGUGGUUCUCGAAGGCAACUCCUCACUAAGCAGGACAGCCUGGACAUCUACAAUGAAAGAGACCUCUUUAAGACAGAGGAGCCAGCCACAGAGGAGGAAGAGGACUCUGCUGGUGAUGGAGAACGAACCUUGGAUGGAGAAUUAGACUUGCUAGAGCAAGACCCUCUUGUGCCACCUCCACCCUCACAGGCAUCCCUUUCUGCUGAGCGGGUGGCCUUUCCCAAGGGCCUACCCUGGGCCCCAAAGGUCAGACAGAAGGACAUUGAGCACUUCUUGGAGAUGAGCAGGAACAAAUUCAUCGGAUUCACUCUGGGGCAGGACACAGAUACUUUGGUUGGAUUACCCAGGCCCAUCCACGAGAGUGUGAAGACUCUAAAGCAGCACAAGUACAUCUCCAUUGCAGAUGUUCAAAUCAAGAAUGAGGAAGAUCUGGAGAAGUGCCCCAUGUCUUUGGGGGAAGAGGUGGUACCAGAAACGCCAUGUGAAAUCCUCUACCAGGGCAUGCUCUACAGCCUCCCUCAGUACAUGAUUGCUCUACUUAAGAUUCUGCUGGCUGCAGCCCCCACCUCCAAAGCUAAGACAGACUCUAUCAAUAUCCUGGCAGAUGUCCUGCCUGAGGAGAUGCCCAUCACUGUUCUCCAGAGCAUGAAGUUGGGCAUCGAUGUGAACAGACACAAGGAGAUCAUUGUAAAGAGUAUCUCUGCCCUGCUCCUGCUCCUCCUCAAACACUUCAAACUGAACCAUAUCUACCAGUUUGAAUAUGUGUCACAACAUUUGGUAUUUGCCAACUGCAUUCCAUUGAUCCUGAAGUUCUUCAAUCAAAAUAUCUUGUCGUACAUCACUGCCAAAAACAGCAUUUCGGUCCUGGAUUACCCUUGCUGUACCAUUCAGGAUUUGCCGGAGCUUACUACAGAGAGUCUGGAAGCUGGAGACAACAAUCAAUUCUGUUGGAGGAACCUCUUUUCCUGUAUCAACCUUCUGAGGUUGCUCAACAAACUGACCAAAUGGAAGCAUUCCAGAACCAUGAUGCUGGUGGUAUUCAAAUCAGCUCCAAUCUUAAAGCGGGCCCUCAAGGUCAAACAGGCCAUGCUGCAACUUUAUGUUCUGAAGCUGCUAAAAAUACAGACCAAGUACCUGGGGCGCCAGUGGAGGAAAAGUAACAUGAAAACCAUGUCAGCCAUCUAUCAGAAAGUACGCCACCGCAUGAAUGAUGACUGGGCUUAUGGGAAUGACAUCGAUGCCAGGCCAUGGGACUUCCAAGCAGAAGAAUGCACCUUGAGGGCCAACAUUGAGGCUUUUAACAGCCGCCGGUAUGACAAACCCCAAGACUCUGAAUUUUCACCUGUGGAUAACUGCUUGCAAAGUGUGCUGGGGCAGAGGUUGGAUCUGCCUGAGGAUUUCCACUAUUCAUAUGAGCUCUGGCUGGAGAGAGAGGUGUUUUCACAGCCCAUCUGUUGGGAGGAGCUGCUCCAGAGUCACUGAGCUCUUAGGAAAAAAACAUCUGAUAGAUGGGGUUUGGCUCCAAUAAAUGGUGCUCUGCCUACCCUGCCCAUUCAGCCUUUGUUUCCAGCUCUGAGAGUGCUUGUUCAGGGGAAAGCUGGCCUAGCCCAAGGACAUCCAGUGUAGUCCGGGCCAUUCUGGGGGCUUUGGGCCUGGAGAUAGUACAAGGCUAGGAUCCUGAGUCACAACAGAUUGGUCAACUUGCAUUGGGGUCAGUUGGGUGCCAAGUUGGCCUUGAACAUCUGCUGGAUCAGUCCUGGAUAGGCUCUUUUGUGGGACCGCUCCCUGCUUUAGUCUUGCCCAGAACCAGGACCAGGCCAGCCUUUGCCGGCCCCAAGAGUGAAAAUAAGUUUAUUAUGGCAUUUGACCCAUGACAUUCAUCAUAGGUAAUGGGAGAGGCAAGUCAUAAAAUAGGGAGAACAUUUCCUUCUUGCUUAUCCUGGAUUCCUAGGACCCAUAAGAAGUUUGGCAAAACCAACUUUGAAAUUAAGUGUGUAUUUUAAAUUAAAAAUUUUGACACCUCUCUCUAAAAUUAUUAGCUCAAAGAUGAUUUUAGAGCACCUGCACCUUCUUUGUAAAGGAUGAUGAUUUACUGUUACCUAAAUACUGCAUGUUAUAGUAAGGUAUAUCAUGUAAAGUGUUUUUUUUUUUCUUUACUCCUGAAGAGAUCUAUGUUCAAUCUGGAAAUUAUUUCUCUGUGUAUUGUAUAUGGGGCAUGGAGUGCAUUGCUAUAGCCAGUCUGAAAUAGCCUCCUCUAAGGAUGUUUCAUGUUUUUCUGACGCUACGUCAGUCUUCAAAUGACUGGUACACUGUAAAAAAAAUUAUCCAUUUCAUCCAAUUCAUUCUUUUAAUGACAAGUAAUUACAGGAGGUUUUAUUUACUGAGAUGGCUAUGUCCAUUUGUGCUCAUGAUCAAUUUAUUUUUUAAUUGAAUGGAAUAGCAAGAGCAUUACAGCUUACCAUUUUUCUUCUAUGUUGAUUAGUGAUUUUUUUUUCCUUUUUACUGUGAGUGCUUUCAAAGUGUCAUAUGGAGAUUUAGUAAUACUGUUCUUACCUAAAAGUAUUGCACACUUCUUUUGAGGAUGCCUGGGUGGCUCAGUCAGUUAAGCAUCUGCCUUCGGCUCAGGUCAUGAUCCCAGAGUCUGGGAUCAAGUCCUGCUUCGUGCUCCCUGCACAGCAGGGAGCCCGCUUCUCCCUCUGCCUGCUGCUCUCUCUGCCAAGUAAAAUCUUGGAGGAAAAAAAUUUCUACCGAAGUUUGAAUCACAUAGUUGUCAGAGCGCCUGGAUGGCUCAGUUAGUUAAAUGUCUGACUCUUGAUUUUGGCCUGAGUCAUGAUCCUCAGGGUCAUGGAAUCAAUCCCCGCAUCCGCACAUAGUGAGGAGUCUGCUAGAGGAGUCUUCCUCUGCCCACCCCACCCCACACACAAACACACUCUCUCAAAUAAAUAAAUCUUAAAAAAAAAAAAUCACAUACACAUACUUCUCAGCAGAAAUGAGGUUUUUAGAAAAGCUUCUGAUUCGAUCAGGAUCAUUUUUUUCUUCUUCUAUUCCCACAAUUAUGUCAUCUAUAUUUUCAAACUUUUUUUUUUUUUAAUGUUCUCCCCCCUGUCAUGGACACUAUUGAAUCUUUUUUAUGAUAGCAUCAGGCUACUUUAAUUAUGCCAGGAGGUCUUGUAAGAAAUGGCUUAUUUAUUCUGUCAACCACAGUCUCAUUUGGAAGUCAUGAUACAGUUAUUGACAAUAUCCAAAGGAACUAGACCAGAACUCCAACUAAAGCUUGGAUUUUAGCUUUUUUUUUUUAAAGAUUUUAUUUAUUUAUUUGACAGAGAUCACAAGUAGGCAGAGGCAGGCAUAGAGGGGGAAGCAGGCUCCCUGCUGAGAUCCCGAAGAGAUCCUGAAGUGGGGCUUGAUCCCAGGACCCUGGGAUCAUGACCUGAGCCAAAGGCAGAAGCUUUAACCCACUGAGCCACCCAGGUGCCCCAGAUUUUAGCUUUUUGAGCUUUAGGAUAGCAGGACUUCUGCUUUUACGGGAAGGUAAUGAAGAAUGUAAGUAUGUAAUAGAUGACACUUCUUAAAAUACUUCGUAAAUUUUACCUGAGUAGGACAGCUGUCCUCAUCACAAUCAAAGUAAUUCACUAAGCAUAUCGUUUAUGAAUCCUAUUAAUCUAUUUUAAUGUGGUUUAACUGAAAAGGCAAUUUUCAAGGAAAGAGCAGUCAUCAAUCUAUUUCUCUUAAAGCCAUACAGUAUUUAAUUUGUGUCAAGAACAAAUAAGUUGCCUUUUUAAAAAUAUGCGCAUGAAUGCUUUCUGAGGCAUAGAAGUAUGCUGAGCUUUAACGUUUCAUACUUUUUUACAAGUCUUCUCUUAAGGGAAGAUUAAUUCUCAGUGCAGAUGGAGAAACUGAGAUACCAAGAAAAGUGAUUAGUUUCAAAUCACAACAUUUUUUUGCUGACUUGCUGGGAUAGCAUUCAGGUAUUGACAGCCAGCCCCAUAUGUUAAAGUAACUGAAUCUUCCAAUUUGAGAACCCAUGUGCAUGGUUAGGAAUAAAUUCAGAUUGACCAACGUCCAAUGGUGAUUACUGUUACUGUUUAGAAGAACAUUACCUGAGUGAUUUAUAGAUGAUUUUUAUUUGUGAAUAUCUCAGUAAAGUUUGUGUUGAUUGCUGUUAACAUGGUUUAUCUACUGAAAGCACUUUAAUAAAGAGAAAUUAAACUAGA